AUGAAAAUAAGUGAUAAAAACCUAAUACAGAAGUGCUAUUUAAAUAUCUUCAGUGGAAUUUUCUAGGCUCUGGGUCUCAUGCUUUUAACAUUUGGCUUAUGGCUUUUAUUUGACAGAAAGAAUUUCUUCAGUUUUCUUCAGCCAAGAACAUAUCUUUCUUGUAUAAUAUUUGGCAUUGGCACUGUUACUACUUUUACAUCAGCCGUGGGAGUCCUUGGAGUUGUGGAAAUCAAAUGUCUGCUAUAUAUGAAUUUUCAAAUCUUAGUGUUUGCAAUGCAGACGGCAAUAUUGCUGCUGACAAUUAUGAAAAAAGAAGAGGUUCACAAUCAAUGAAACAACAGAAUUGAUGAUUUUAUUUCUGAAUAAAGGAUUAAGAGUCUGACUGAGCAGGAACCUGUGUGGAAUAUUCUAAAUGCCAUGCAGCAUUAUACGGAAUGCUGUGGAAGACACAAUGCCACACAGUGGGAAAGGAACAGAACAAAGAAAAAUAAUACUCAGUUCCUGUGCUCAUGCACAAAGUACAAUCUGAAGAAAUGGUUUUGUGACGUCCCAGGGGAUUCAACAUACAGUAUGAAGAAAGAUCAAGCACUGUUUACCAAAAAUCUCCCUUAUAUUCGAACACCAUCAGAGAUUAUGUUGUCCAAAGCCUUGAGUUUGAACACUUUCUUUGUUGUAUUUAUCUCACCCUUUUUCCUUUCCCAGAUUUUUUUGGUUGCACUCAGACUAUUUAGAAAAUUCAGGAAGAAUAAUAUUUGGCCAAAUGAAUCAUGA